AAGCCAGUCGGCAAGACAACGAACCAAAGAUGCGAUAAAGGGCAGUGAAAAGAGAAAAUGAGGUUAGAUCAAGAGGAGGAGCUGUUGCAUCCCAAAAAAGCCGUUGCCAUAUCGACAGGGGGCUAUUGGUAGCCUCGUUUAUGUAUGUACUGGUGUUUCUAUAUCCAGUAAGUAGUGACUGUACAGCUAGAACGACAACAAGGUCUGUCCACAUGUUCAAACACAUUGGCGACUUAUUGGAAAUCUAUAGAAGUCUGGCCGUAUGCGUUCUUGUAUAGACAAUAGGCGAAUUUCAUCUUGUGCAUCGUGGUCGUCGCCGCUGGUUCCGAAAUAAUGGACAUGGCUGGAAUUGGAAUAAGCAGAGUACUACAGUCUUUGCCGUUGUGUGUCGACUGGCAAAAAUAUGGUCCAGUUGACAUGGCCGACUUCAGCGGGACGGAAGUGGUGAGCGGCGCAGGAGUAACAUCACCAUUUUCAUCACCACAUCAUCACCUUCUUUCUCCCAGUACUCCUUCGAGGAUGUCGUUAUUAUCACCAGCCGUGUCCCAGUCACAAUCUCAACAUACACUUUCCGGUUCUCACCACGGAUCGGUCAUGUCCGGAAGACCUCCACGAUUGCCGCCAAACGGCAGCUUCGGCAAAACAGGUCCAUCAGUGAAUAAGCCGCAAACAGAAGUGGUUUCAACACCCGUUCCGACGCUUGAUCCCGUUCAUCGGCAAAAGAUCAUGCAACUCCGCCUUCAGGCGGCUAAAGCAUCGAUGAAAAGACAGAGCUCUCUACGGCGAGAGAACAUACAUCGACUCGCCUUCUGGCUGUUGAGGACGACAUUGUGGUUGGCCGGAAUCUUCAGCUUGACUGUACUCAUUAUCGCUUUCCCGCUGGCCGUCGAUCCGGCCUUGGAGUCGAUUUGGAGGACGUUCAGUUCCAAACCAGUCAUCUGUCUCACUACUGACAUACAAAUUCAUCAUUCAAGGAAUCCGGAUGGUUCCGUUAAAGGCAAUGAUGCUUGCACGUGGACGUCAUGCCGCCAAGGAUGUACAGGUGAACUUUUUAGAUGCGUCCAGCUCUUUGCUAACAUUAGCCGAUUGCCGUGGGAGGUACUCGAAUCGGCCAACACGAGCCGCUGGAUUCGAUUGGAUACACCUGAAAUCGAGCUGGCCAGUCGGUUGAAAAGGUCUACCAACUGGGCCGUUAGUUGGGCAACUCAAAACAAACAUCUUUUCAACAAAAGUGUCAUCGCCAAUCAGUCGGACAAUCCGUUGUUUGAAUUACAGCGUGACCAUUCACGGCGUCAAUACGUUCAGCUGAUGGAUGAACUUAAAAGCCAACAGCUCGUCGAUGAAAGAAACAACACCGAUCCGCCGUCAUUGUUUGAAGCUGUCAAUGUCCGUCUCAUGGUCAAUGUACGUGGUUGUGGUUACACGGUCGACUGCGCCGAGUUCCACCGGACUGCAGGCGUCAUUGGUUCGUUAAUACCUUGUCACCUGAGCAGCCGUGGUGACGUGACCCCUGUGGCGAUCAUGGAACACAAUCCCGAACAGGAUCGGAAUAUCAUUCUCUUUCUCUUCACCGUUCCAGCCAGUAUUUUUUGCUCUUCCGUCUUCCUCCUUUGCUGUAUCCAUUACCAGUGUUGCCGUCCGCAACUCGCCGGUCUCAUCGCCAGCCGUUCUUCCGCCGAAUAUUCAGUUGCUCGACUGAUUAUCAACAGUGGCAUUCAAUUUCGGCCAACGACGAGUAGCAGCGAAGAAGCCCAGGCAUCGGAAAGAGCCACGCAAUGGGUGGCGCCAGUGGAGGAGACGGGUAACUCGGCAUCGGCAGUAACUACCCAGCAACUGGAUCAUCAGCCCACAUAAUAACUUGGCUCAUAUUCUAUUUUUAGUCUUGCAUUAAAGCACCACAAUUUAGGAUUCCUGGAUUUGACAUCUAGUCGCGUUACCCUUCAAACAAUAAUGUACAAAACUUAAUGCUGACGUAGCUGUCCAUUUUUUGCGUCAACAUUAUGCCUGCCAUGACCUCUUCAUUACGUCAGCAUAGCCGUUUUAGGCUCACGCCCCUAGCUCAAUUAUUUGAACAGGGCGGCGGCAGCAGCAAUUGUGGAAAGUAUUCUUGAAGGCCAAUUACAUGUUGAUCUAUUUGA